AUGCUAACCAGCGGCGGAGGAAAUGGGCGCGGCGGAGGAAAUGGGCGCGGCGGACGCGGUGGGCGCGGCGGACGCAGUGGGCGCGGCGGACGCAGUGGGCGCGGCGGACGCAGUGGAGAAAACGGGCGCGUUACGCGCUCGUCCGUCAAACAAUGCUCUCCGAGCCCCUCCUCCAGCGACCCGGACGAGCCGCGUCCCGUCACGGGCCCCCCCUUGCGUUGGAAGCGCACUCGCAGCGCCGCGCACACGCGUGUACGCGCGCCAGACGUGGGGAGCGUGCAGAACACGAGCGCGCGCGAGCACUCCCAUCCUCAAGCCACUGCCACCACCACCACCGCCAACAAAGUCAACAUGCACGCCAACGACGAAGACGAAGACCCCAACCUCCUCCCACCUCAACGCGAGCCCUCUCCCGCUCAACGCGAGCCCUCUCCCGCUCAACGCGCGCUCUCUCCCGCCAUGCCGCCACCGGCCACGCGGCGAAUCGUAUACGAUCACGCCGACCGCGAUGCCACGGUCCGUAGCCCUCCCAGUCGCGCCCUGCAAGCCUACCAGCAGGCGCACGAACUCGUGUUGGGGAAGGUCGCGUGCAUCGGGGGUCUGAUUGUCGAAUACACACUGGCUUCCACCGGCGCGCAUACGAUGUUCAAGGAAACCAAGUCAAUGUUACGGCGGGCGAACCAGCUGAACUCACCUCAAGAGUGGGAGGACACGCGCCGCGCGGCGAACAACGUGCUCACCGUACGCAUGGAGGAGUAUACCCUCGCGUACACGCUGUUGGACAAAGCGUGGAUUGAACUCGGCUGCCUGUUGAAUGACCACUACGCGGCUGCCGCUAUCAACGCCGGCAUGGAUGAGACACCUGAAUACGCACAUGUGUCGCGCUCGUGCAUGGCGAUCAAGGAGACAAUGGAGACAACGGUGAAAAGGUACAAGGCGUUGCGAGCCCCCCUACAGGCGCUCAUCAAUAAUAUUAACGAUGACGAGCGGCCGCUGGUAGGAGAGGACGGGAGGGAGCUUGUAGAUGAGGAGGAGGAUGUAGACGUUCGUCGUCAGAAUAAGCGCAUCCGGCGCGAUUAG